GAGGAGGUGCUUUUGGCAUCUAAGGUACAUGGAGGACCCCCCUCCCUCACUCAUUUGUCAAUUAAGACAAAAGUGAGACAUCCCCUCUCCCUCCAACCAUUGAGCUCGACCAAACCAUCCAAGGGAGAGAGAAGGAGCUUCAAAAUCACCUCCAUUGCUGCAAAUUUGAGCUCAAGCUUUAGUGCUCAAAGGAAGAAGAUUAAAGAGGGAAAAAGUUGGGAAAAGUGUGAACAAUUAAGGCACUUGUAAAGGGUAUUUCAAGUGAUUUCACAAAGUUGGAAAAAGUCGCCGGAGUUGUCGCCGGAGUUGACCAAGUCGCCGGAGUUUCACCGGAGUUCAACCAAGAAGGGUAGAACUUCUUAACGCUAGUUCAAGGUUGAAGCUAGGGCUUGCUACUUGCACCUUCUCACGGGUGAUAUCAAAUCAGGAAGACGUGAAAUGGAGGGCAGGCGAAUGGCAACCAGGAACAAUCCGAGAGGGCGGGCGCCGGUAGCGUCCCAAAGGGGAAGCCGGGCUGCAUCUCGGGGUUCAAGAGGAGGCCGUGGAGGCCGUGGAAGCCGUGGAGGUCAUCAAGCUCAAACUGUGAGUGAUGGCCAUGUAAGCUCGGUGUAUGAAACCAACACCGAAGACUACGACUCUACAUAUGUUCCGGAAACGGAGCACGAGGAGACCCCAUAUGAUGGGGGUGACACGUACACGGACGAUGAUGAUGAAGAGAGUGAUGCCAAGUUCGCUCAAAUGGGCGAAUUGCUUGAGUGGUAUCAAAAAGAAAAACUGAGGAGAGACCUUAGGCGCCAAGCGAGGCGUGGCUCUCGUGGAGGUUCGGGUCAAGGAAGCCGGGGAGCUUCCGUGGCCACCCCAGCGGCGUCACAAGGUGGGCGUGAAGGAGGUUUUGUUGUGAGAAUCUCCAAGUACCUCAAGGAGGCUAGGGCCUUGGGGUGUAGGUCCUUUGACGGCACCGGGGACAUUACCGUUGCCGCCGAUUGGAUUAAGAAGGUGAAGGAUGCAUCAAGGGACAUGCAAAUCACACCGGACGUGAAGUUGACUGUCGCUUCACGGCUACUUGAAGGGAUAGCUUCUACGUGGUGGGAGAGCGUGGAAGGGAAGUACCAUGGGGAAAUAACAUGGGCGGACUUUGAGCUGGAGUUCUAUGCUCAAUACUACUCCGAGUACGAGGUGAAUGUGAAACGGAGAGAGUACACUAACCUCAAACAGAAAGAUGGCGGCACAGUUAAACAACUGGAACAAGAGUUUAGAACCUUGGCUAGGUUCUUGCCGGAGUACGCGGUUGAUGAGAACCGCAUGACGGAGCACUUUUGGGAUGCCCUACUCUUGGACAUCCGUGACCGAGCUACGUACUCGCGCCACAUGACCUUCAGCGAGGUGGUGGAACAGGGCCUUCUCGGGGAGGCCCAAUGGAAUGAGAGGAAAGAGAGAGACGCCGAAGAGGCGAAAAAGAGGAAAUGGCAAAGUUCGGGGCCGCCCGAGCAAGCACGGAAGGAUAAACACGGCGGGGGUGGCGGUUCGUUCAAGACUCCGGCACCACCGGCAAAGAAGAACAGGGAUGCUCGGUGGCAUGCAUCCUCCUCCCAAAAGACGGGGCCUCCAAAGUGUGCAAAUUGUUCGAAAAAUCACUUUGGGAAGUGCAAUGCACCCCCGAGGUGUUAUCAAUGUGGGAACACGGGCCACAUGAAGGCCAAUUGCCCACAACUGGGGGGCGGAGGAGCUCCGGGAUCCGGAGGAGGAACCAUGACGGGGAGGAACCGUGCGGGCCCAUCAAACGGCGGUACGGGAAGAGGCGGCGCGUCCACAGGUCAUGCCGCGUCCGUAAAUCAAGGCGGGACCCAAGCACGAGUGUACGCAAUGACCGAGGCGGAUGCGCGAGCAAACCCGGACUCCGUUGCAGGUAAUACGCUUAUUUUCCUGUAUUUCUAGGCUUAUUUGGG